CAAUCUUGUGAAGUUAAUAAAAGAGGCGUCCUCUGGAAGAAGAAUGGAGGGAGAAGGAAUGCGUAGUUGGAUUUCUUCAAGACAAUUGGAGCUGCCUGGCGAAGACAAUGAUCUGGGGGAGUGGAUGGGCAAGGGAAGCAAAGACAACGCUGGCAGAGGUUUGAAUCCGAAGCAGGUGCUUUACCAGCCAUCUCUGGCAUUGGACUUUUGAAGUUCCACUUUCUGUUGAGCGAAGUUGCGGCAACUCACGAGCUGUGGGACGGUAGGCUGGACAGCUCUCUCCCCGGAACCAGCUGGGGAACGUUUGAAGACCACGGUGGAGUUCAGUACCUCGGACAGCUCCCGCCGGCCUGCCACGUACACCCCGCCUCCCCACCACUUACUCGGAGCUCGGAAAAGUAACCGAGGCGCAUUCUCGUCUCCGCGCAGCGACGCUGCAGCAGCGGGAGCGGGCGAGGGGAGCCCAUCCACGCGGCUUCCCGUCUCUUGCCUUCUUCCUUGCGGGCUCGGCUUGGGGAGCAUGGAGCGGAGAAGGUGCGAAACCUCGGGAGCCAUCCCGCCACUGCAGGGACUGCUUUUGCUUUUCCAUGCACUAGCUGGUGGGCUGGCAGAACAAGAAGUGGAAAAUCUUUCGGGCUUAUCUCCAAAUCCCGAAAAGGCUAUUUUUGUAGUUCGGGAAAACGGAACAACCUGCCUCAUGGCGGAAUUCGCUGCGAAAUUAGUCGUCCCCUACGAGAUCUGGGCCAGCAAUUUUGUUGAUACGAUCACCGAGCAAGCCUACAUCUCGCUUUCCCGCGGAGCCGAGGAGCGAGGCAAAUGCAGCAGCAACGAAUCCGAACUCCACAUUUCGUGGCUCAACAGAGCUUACACCCUCAGCCUUUAUUUUCUCAAGGAGACGCGUAACAAAAGUUCUGACCCCGAGGCCUGGUGGAAAAUGAGCAAAGUCCAGUUCGUUUACGACAGCAGCGAGAGCACCUACUUCAAAGGCGCCGUGAACCCGGGGAAACACACAGUCACAACACGUCACCUCUCUGCUUUAGUCACCCCAGCUGGGAAGUCUUAUGAAUGUCAAGCUCAGCAGACAAUCACCUUAAGCUCCGUUGACCACCAAAAAUCAGUUGUUCUCUUGCUGUCAGAGGUCCGCCUCCAGCCCUUUGACAUCAGCUCUGAUUUUGUUUUCAGUGAAGAACAUAAAUGUCCAGUGGAUCAAAGAGAACAAUUAGAAGAAACCCUUCCUCUCAUAUUGGGCUUGAUCUUGGGCUUGGUGAUUGUGGUAACCCUUGGUGUUUAUCACAUCCAUCUCAAAAUGACAGCCAACCAAGUCCAAAUUCCACGGGACAGAUCGGAGUAUAAACAUAUGGGAUAGCUGGCAAAAGAAAGAGAUCAGCUCAAGCAAAAGCACUUUUUUUCCUAUAGGUCAGGGCCUCUUAUACAUAGUGAAAUAUACUGUAUACUGACAGAUGGAGGG